AAUGAUUGACAAAUGUCAAGUAAAUACUUUUACUAAUUUGCAACACUUUUACUGGAGACACAUACGAGAAUGUCGUGCAAUAGUACAAAUAACGAUUCGUCGGCAUCGGUGGUUGGCGAUACAAGUUGGAUCAAUUGGUUUGUUGGCCUACGAGGAAAAGAGUUUCUUUGCCGUGUGCCCAAUGAUUAUAUUAGGGAUAAAUUCAAUUUAACUGGAUUGGAGACAUCGGUGGUCAAUUUUAGCCGCACCUUCAAUUUGAUUACGGAACCAGAGUUUAAUACAGACAUUUGGAAUCAUCUGUGUGAACCGGUGGCUGAGGAUGCGGCAAAAUUGUAUGGCCUAAUCCAUGCUCGCUACAUUGUAACAACGAAAGGCAUCAAUGACAUGUGCCUGAAAUAUCAUCGCGGAGAUUUUGGAGUGUGUCCACGUAUCUUUUGCAAUCGAAAUGGUAAGGGCCAGCAUGUAUUGCCAAUUGGACGCUUCGAUUACUACAGUCAGUCACAUGUGAAGGUCUAUUGUCCUUGCUGUAACGAUAUAUAUCAUCCACGUUCACGUUGCGGCAUGUUAGAUGGCGCCAUGUUUGGCACUAGUUUUCCGCACAUGUUUUUUAUGCAAUUUCCUGAAUUACGCCCGGAGGAGCCCAAGGAGAGUUACACACCACGUCUUUAUGGUUUUAAGCUGCACAUGUCAGCCAUAAAUUCAUUGAACACGACGCCAGAAGCCAGUGAAAAGUCAACAACUAAAAACUCUACACCGAAAUCAAGUGUUCGUCGUUCAACUGGGCGUCGAUUGACUUAUGAAUAACCUGUAGAUGGCUUCAAUAAAGACACUCUUAUUGUGGAGUAUUUGAUCGAUCGGUCUAAAAGCACAUAA